AUGACGCAGAAGUUAACCAUCAUUUACACUGGGCUUUGUGAUAUUGAAGAUGGGGGCAAGGCAGCCUUGUCCCAGAAGAUGAGGACUGGUGAUGAGCUGGUGAAUAUCAAUGGCACUCCAUUGUAUGGCUCUCGCCAAGAAGCCCUCAUCCUCAUCAAAGGCUCCUUCCGGAUCCUCAAGCUGAUUGUCAGGAGAGAGGAAACAGAGACUCAGAGAGGAGGAGUAAGUUGUCAGAAGUCAGAGCAAAGUCAUGGCAGAGCCAGGGAUGCUGAGUUUGAGUGCCACUCUUAUGGAGGUCUUAACAGGAAGGCAGAUGGCUUUCAACUAGGGGAGGUUCCAACUUGCAAAAAGAAGCCCUGGGGUCUGGCUGGAGGGGCUGUUGAUGAGCAUCUGAGUUGGCUGAAUACCCACCUCUCUCCUAAACCAUCUCCCCACCCUGGACAACUUUCCUGGAGAAACGCCCCUGUCAGUAGGCCGCACUCAUGGCAUGUGGCCAAGCUGCUAGAGGGAUGCCCUGAAGCAGCUACCACCAUGCAUGUCCCUUCUGAAGCCUUCAGCUUGUCCUGGCAUUCCGGCUGCAACACAAGUGACGUGUGUGUGCAGUGGUGUCCACUCUCCCGGCAUUGCAGCACUGAAAAAAGCAGCUCCAUUGGCAGCAUGGAGAGCCUGGAACAACCAGGCCAAGCCACCUAUGAGGGUCACCUCUUGCCCAUUGACCAGAACAUGUAUCCCAACCAGCGAGACUCAGCUUACAGCUCCUUCUCAGCAAGCUCAAAUGCCUCUGACUGUGCCCUUUCCCUCAGGCCAGAGGAGCCAGCCUCUGCAGACUGCAUCAUGCAAGGCCCAGGAUUAACUAAGGCCCCUAAUGGCAGGCCUAAUGUGGCUGAGACCUCAGGAGGUACCCAGCGCACCAACGGGGGCCACCUGACUCCCAGCUCCCAGAUGUCAUCCCGCUCACAGGAGGUCCACCACUCAGGGUCUGCCAAAGCUGCCAAGGGCCCACCACAACCUCCAGUGAGACGAGACAGUCUUCAGGCCUCCAGAGCCCAACUCCACAAUGGAGAGCAGCGCAGAGCUUCUGAGCCUACGGACUCUUUGCAACAGAAGGAGAAACCCACCUUAGACACUGAGCUGUGCCCAAGGAACACUAACAGGUUCUGCUGCCUCAGUGGGCAAGACCAAAUGACAAAUGAGAGCCAUCAAAACUGUGAGCUCAACCAACCUCCUGAAUCCAACCAGCAGGGCUAUGAGCACCUACUGAUAGAGGCCUCAGCCAAAGCCGUUGGAUUCCAAAAAUCAUAUGACAAAGUUUCCAGCAUAGAUUUCAGCCCACUCAACAAGGUUUCAGCAGAGCUAUCUAAGACUUCUUCUUUUGGCAGCCCUCCACACCUCACAGGACCCACAGGCCAUCGCCAUAGUGCCCCUGAACAGCUGCUGGCAUCCCACUUGCAGCAUGUGCACCUUGAUACCAGGGGUAGCAAGGGGAUGGAGCUCCCAACAGGGCAGGAUGGGCACGAGUGGACUCUGUCCCCUUUGCAUAGCAGCCACACAGGGAAGAAAAAUCCGUGUCCCCCUGCAGGGGGAACCCAGGACCAGUCCAGCAAAGAGAGAAAGACCAGGCCAGUGGAUAAUAAGCCUUUGGGUUCAGGGCACCAGAACCCAAGCAGCUCCUCCCAUGAAGAAACUGAUGGACACCCUCCAGAAAGAGGUUUCCAGGACCCAAACAGAAUAAGCAGAGCAGGCAAUGAAUUGGCCAGCCAGCAGCCCUCUGCCUCCAGCUCUCUUGUUCAACAAACCAGGGACUGUUCUUCAACCACUAAAGUAGCCGGAAUCACAGAGGCAGCUGAAGAAGGGAACAAUGAGCUCAAGGAGUGUGGCCAGGUGGGUGGUAGGCGAAAUGGAGGGACCCGGGGCCGCUCAAUCGAAAACCGGCGGAAGAGUGAGCGUUUUGCUACCAACUUGCGUAAUGAAAUUCAGAGGAGAAAAGCCCAGCUCCACAAAAGCAAGAGUCCCUUAUCACAGCUGUGUGAUACUAAGGAGCCAGUGGAAGAGACUGAGGAGCCCCUAGAAAGUCUUCUACUCCCUGCCUCUAACUCACCUCUUCUACCUUCGUAUAAAAAACCACCUAGCCCCAGAGACAAACUCUUUAACAAGACUGUGAUGCUUAGGGCUAGGUCUUCAGAGUGCCUCAGCAAAGCCCCUGAGAGCCAUGAAUCUAGGACAGGCUUGGAGGGACGAAUAAGCCCUGGCCAGAGGCCUGGCCAGUCCUCUAUGGGCUUGAACACCUGGUGGAAAGCAUCUGAUCCAUCCUCUUCAGACUGUGAGAAAACAAAAGUUCACCAUGGAGCUCAUGGAGGUCAUUGGAGGUGGUCUCCAGAGCACAACCUGCAGUCACAUGUGGCACUAGGCAUGGAAAGCUCUUCCAACCCAGGAGAUAACAAAGAAUUGAAGGCUUCUACUGCCCAAGCUGGGGAGGAAGCCAUCCUCUUGCCCUUUGCAGACAGAAGAAAGUUUUUUGAAGAGAGUAGCAAAUCCUUAUCGACAUCUCAUUUACCAGGUUUAACCACUCAUAGUAACAAAACUUUUACCCAGAGACCAAAACCUAUAGACCAAAACUUCCAGCCAAUGAGCUCUAGCUAUAGGGAAUUGAGGCACCAUCCCAUGGACCAAUCAUAUCAUUCCACAGAACAACCAUAUCAUGCCACAGACCAAUCAUAUCAUCCCAUGUCACCCCCUCAGUCAGAAACUCCUACUUACUCCGAAUGUUUUGCAAGCAAGGGUCUAGAACAAUCUGUGUGUUGUAAGCCACUGCACUGUGGUGAUUUUGAUUACCACAGGACCUGCUCUUACUCUUGCAGUGUCCAGGGAGCUGUAGUACAUGACCCUUGCAUUUAUUGUUCUGGAGAAAUCUGCCCUGCUUUGAGAAAGAGAAAUAUGAUGCCAAACUGCUACAACUGUCGGUGCCACCACCACCAAUGCAUUCGGUGUUCAGCUUGCUAUCAUAAUCCCCAGCACAGUACCCUGGAGGACAGCAGUUUGGCACCUGGCAAUGCUUGGAAACCCAGGAAGCCGACAGUGCAGGAAUUUCCUGGGGACAAGUGGAAACCAACAACAGGAAACAGGAAGACCAGCAAAUCAGGAAGGGAAAUGGCUCAUUCUAAGGCUGGCUUUUCAUGGGCAACUCCCUUCCAUCCUUGCCUUGAGAACCCAGCACUGGACUUGUCAAGCUAUCGAGCAAUCUCUUCUCUUGACCUCCUUGGAGAUUUCAAGCACUCCUCGAAAAAAACAGAGGAAACUUCAGUUUAUGAGGAGGGGAGCCCCAUGGCUUCCAUGCCCCACCCACUGCGUAGCCGUGCCUUCUCAGAGAGCCACAUCAGCUUGGAGCCCCAGAGCUCCCAAGCCUGGGGGCAGCAUAGGAGGGAGCUCUUUACCAAAGUUGAUGAAACCCAGCUAGACCCUCUGGUAACCAGGAAGAAGGCCUUUCCUCCUCCUCGUCCUCCUCCUCCCAACUGGGAGAAAUACAGGCUUUUCCGUGCAGCCCAGCAGCAGCAACAGCAACAAAAGCAGCAACAGGAGCAGCAAGAGGAGGAGGAAGAGGAGGAGGAGGAGGAAGAAGAGGAGGGAAUAGAGGAGGAGGAAGAGGGAAGAGAGGAGGAGGAGCUGCCACCCCAGUAUUUCAGUUCAGAAACCACUGGUUCCUGUGCUCUCAACACUGAGAAGGUCCUGGAGCAGCCACAACCCCUGGGCUUUGGUCACCUGGAAGUCUCAAGGCAGAGUGCGCAAAGUCUCCCAGCAGAGCAGGAGUCUUUUGCUCUCCAUUCCAGUGAUUUCCUGCCUCCAAUAAGGGGCCACUUGGGAUCCCAACCUGAGAAAGCUCAGCCACCUUGCUAUUAUGGCAUUGGUGGGCUUUGGAGGACAUCAGAGCAGGAGGCCACUAAUCCCUCCAAACCAGAAGCCUUGAUGGCAGAAGACUCCAAACCCAAGCCAGCAUGGAGCCAGAGCUACUUCUUUCCUGAAGAGCAGUUCUCUUUGAUGUGCUGGAGCUCCAAGAAGCAGCACCUCAGUCCUGUGGGCUUCAGUGAACCAAAGACAACAGGACAAGAAUUUCAGCACUUCUCACCUCCUCAUGGGAGCCCAGGGAUCCCUACCUCUUACUCGGCUUAUUACAAUAUUUCUGUGGCCAAGGCAGAGCUGUUGAACAAGUUGAAAGACCAACCUGAAAUAGCAGAGAUUGGCCUAGGAGAGGAGGAAGUUGACCAUGAACUGGCUCAAAAAAAGAUACAACUUAUUGAAAGCAUUGGCAGAAAACUUUCUGUCCUGCGGGAGGCCCAGAGAGGAUUGCUGGAGGAUAUCAAUGCUAAUUCUGCCCUUGGGGAGGAGGUGGAGGCUAAUCUAAAAGCUGUCUGCAAGUCCAAUGAGUUUGAAAAAUACCGUUUGUUUAUUGGGGACCUGGACAAAGUGGUCAACCUGUUGCUGUCACUCUCUGGACGACUGGCACGAGUAGAAAAUGCCCUCAACAGCAUUGAUUCAGAGGCUGACCAGGAGAAGUUGGUGCUGAUAGAGAAGAAGCAGCAGCUUACGGGGCAGUUGGCAGAUGCCAAGGAGCUGAAGGAGCAUGUGGACCGACGGGAGAAGUUGGUGUUUGGCAUGGUCUCCCGCUACCUGCCUCAGGACCAGCUCCAAGAUUACCAGCACUUUGUGAAGAUGAAAUCUGCUCUUAUCAUUGAACAGCGAGAGCUAGAAGAGAAGAUCAAGCUUGGGGAAGAGCAGCUCAAAUGUCUCAGGGAAAGCCUACUCCUGGGGCCCAGCAGUUUCUAAUUCCACCAGCAGACUGCCCACAUCAUCCCUGCCCAGCCACAAUGGGAAAUGCUUUCAAUCUUUGUUAGCAGUUUGUUAGCAAAUAGGUAGCAGUUAGUUAGCAGUUUGUUCCAUAUCCUCUACUCUGAAUGUCUCUCACUGCCCCUUACCUAGCAGUGCACCCAACCCAACCAGCUAAGAGACUAGGGAGGACCUAGGCUUCUACCCUAGGGUGUAGAAGCAAGAAGUAGAAGCUGUAGUAGAGUGUGAUUAUACAACCACACUCUCUUUCCCACAGUUUGCACAGCAAGCACUCACCACAUACAGAACCAACAAAGUGCCUUCAUUCUUCUUUGUACUAGGAUAUCAGAGACAUCAUGUGCUCACCACCCACCCACACCAUACUUAGCCUCUCAAGGCUCAGAGAGAAACUGCCUAUGUGGCUCCACUCUGCCUCAAGGCUCAUGGCCCAGCCAUUUCCCACAAGAUCUGGCUGUCUUGAGGGCAUUCACCUACUGGAAUUUCAGGGCCUCACUCAAGCUUUUCAGUGGGAAGCAGAGGAGAAAUUAUACUUAACAGAAUGUGAGCAAAGGUUUGGGAUCCCCAGAUGCCCUUCUGGGAGGAGCUAGGCUUAAUUAAAUUGGCUCCAUCCCUACCUUCCCCAGCAUCUACAUGAUGGGGAAGAGGUCUACUCUCAGCCCUACUUAGUGUGGCCUCCUUUUGUCCUAAGACCUUGGGUCUACCACUUCAUCUUGCCUAUCCCAAGGGCUUCACACUAUGGUCCAUGAAUAGCUCUGUUAAAGCUGACUUCUGCAUACAAUUUUCAUUAUUGGGGGGAAGGGGUUCUUAUUGUUAUAUUUUAAAUGGCCUUUUGAUUUUAUUUAUUUUUAUGUUUUAUUGUUUUUUUCAUGUUUUUUUAACUAAUAAGGCGAAAAGAGGGGAGUUAGAAGUGAAAAGUUAGCCCAGGAAGAAAACAUUUUCUGCAGAUCAGCCUGAAUUCACCAUGGCUAGGUAAGCAGGUGCCAAGGUCUUAACUUAUUCACACCAUAGCUAACAGGUAUCUAAAAAAGAACUUCUCACUUUCUACUCAGAGCUUCCCUACUGUGGCCUGGCUCUAUACUUCCACUGAAGUAUGGAUAACCAUGAGCUUAGUGUUCCCAGACAGGUUUCAAUUUUCUCUUACUUAUUUUUUCUUGAAACCAAAGAAAUCUGAAACUAACAAGGGUCCACCUAUUUCUCUACAGUCUCAAAGCUAAAGAAAGAGAAGAGGUGAGCUCAGGAGGAGCUCCUCUUAUCUAAUUGCUUUCUUAACCUGUGGCCUGGCUCAGGGAACCCAAAUUCAUGAUAGCUGAAAGCUCCAGCCAGGGCCUGUCCCCCAGAGCAAACUGUGAUCCAGCUAGGAUCUGAGGCAGACAAACAACUGAUGAUGAUGCUGUUGCCUAGACCCUUAAACGGGGAGCCAGUUUCUAUCCUGGAAAAGCCCUUAGGUUGGUGAUGGCAAGAAGGGAAUUGUAGCCAAACUCUGCCUGUUAUACAACUCAGUUCCCUAUUCCUUGCUAACUGAGGCCCAUGGUUGGUAUUGCACAGCCCUGGCAUCUGUUCUAGUUAGUGCCGAGUUCCUCACUGUCCUUGGAGGUUAAGUGUAGCAGCAGGAGUGCCUCAUUUAACCGAAAGAAUUUGCCAAGGAACUUUGUUGCUGCUACAAAUACUGGUUGUUAACUUCCGUUUCCUUCUCAUUGUAUUUGGAAACAAUAGAAGAAUCUUGGCCAGCAGGGUAUCCUGAGGUAGGGGCAGGGGCUGGGUAUGCUCUUAGUACACUGAUGCUGUCAUAACUAGAGUUAAAAUGUCAACCUGCCAUCCUCCCCCCAAGUGGAUAAUUUUACUUUUUUCAGGAAGGCCGAUAGCUUGUAAAGGGGUAGGCUUACAAAACCAAGUUAGAGAAAGGUGGGGGAGUGCUUUGAAUAUAGGCUGUGGCUACCAUCUUUAAAAAAAAACAAGCUCUAAGACAAACAAUGAGUAAGUUUAGAUGUCCUGUAAUGAGGGGAGGGGGAUGAUGUAGUCCAUGAUUAUAAGAUGUGUAGAGGGGGAGGGGCUAGAACAGCUUUUUGGAAAUAUAGGCCCAGGGAAAAGAGUGGUCGCCCACCUGGACAUUAUGGCCAUAGUCUGAAUUUUUCUAGUCAGCAGUAGAGUGAUCGUACCUUAAGUUUAUCACACUAAAAGUACUAUUUUUGUCCCUCAUCCCACCUCAAAUCGUUUUAGAGUUGCAAUCAGAACACAAGGAUGCUCAUUUGCAUAUGGAGAGACAGUUUCCAAAGAUCUUAAUAAAAUAACCCAUAAAUUAGACUGAGCACUGAAGUUUGGCAGACAAAGGUGCACUACUAAAUGGGCACUGAUGCCCAGCACUGCUAACAUGGCAGUCCCAUUGUGAGUGAUAGUGCUGCAAAGCUAUCACUUUUACUUGAGAUGUAUUGUCUCCUCCAUUCUCAUUUCCUGGGUGUGGCCUUCCACAAAGGCCUGCCAGGGGGUAGCAGUUUGGAAGUCAGGUUAAGGGAUUUCCACAAAGAUAGUUAUUGGUCAUGACUUCUGCCCUCUCCCUUCAAAUACUCGUAUAGGACCCAGUGAGUAAUAGGUAAGUACAGUGGUUGAUAUGUAGAGAGCAAGAGCUACUAUAACAUGUCCCUUUAACUCCCCACUCCCAGGGGCCUGGGCAAUUGAGUCUCCCUGAAUCCUACUGGCUUCAGAUUCAGCCAGGGUAUAGCAGUAAAUGCUCAACGGGAAUCCAAGAAAAAGAGACAAGACACUGAAAAUAAAGUCCUCACCAGGGAGAAACUGGAAGCAGAAGAACAGAGAGAGUAAAAGAUGAAAAGCCUACUUCAAGGCCAGUUUUAGGUUCUGUUUUCCAUUUAACCUCAUGUGCCAAAAAGCUGUCAAGGGACACUAGAGCCACAACCUUAACCCCAGUCUCCCUAAAGGUGAUACUCUGCCAGUAGCAGGUUUCAGAUGAAGGAAGCUGGGCCACUUCUGGCCACUUCCUCCUGUCUGGAGCUUGGUGACUCCCGCUGUGUUUGCCAAAGGUAUUAUCUAUGC